AUGAAUUCUCUGAUUCGGAAGCUCUGGGUAUCCGUCACCCACCGAUCCGGUUCCCCCUCAGGCUCGGGCCGCUUAUCCAGCCCGAAUUUGUUUUCGGAGCCCGACCGUUUCUUCCCGACGAUGCACAUCCCCGCCUCGUCGACCGGGGAUUUCGACCGGAUUCCGUUCGACAUAUUAAUGCAGAUUGUCAAGAUCCUCGGCCCGAGGGAGUCCGCGAAGCUCAGAGCGGUGUGUAGAUCGUGGAAGUUUCUGUUGUCGGAUAAUCGGCUCUGGAUUUAUUUUCUGCAGAAUCAGCCGGAGCCUUGGGACUCUGUAUUCUUCGCUGAGACUCACUUACGAUCCGGUUAUCCUCUGCAAGCUUUUCCUGCUCAAAUGCAUGACCUGUCCUUUAUGCACAUAUUUGGUCAGCGCGAAGAGGUUCCUGGAGCUGUUAUAAUUGAUGGUGGAUCUGGUUAUUGUAAAUAUGGAUGGAGCAAGUAUUCCUCUCCAUCAGGACGAUCAGCCACAUUUCUGGAAUUUGGAAAUAUCGACUCUCCAAUGUCUUCUAAACUUAGAAAUUUCUAUGCAACAAUCUGUUCCAGGAUGCAGGUGAAAACAUCGACACAACCAAUCGUUGUAUCAUUACCACUCUGUCAUUCUGAUGAUACCGAGUCCGCAAAAAGUUCUCGAAGACAACUAAAAAAUGCUAUCUACUCAACAUUAUUCGAUAUGAAUGUUCCUGCUGUAUGUGCCAUCAAUCAGGCUACUUUGGCUUUGUUUGCUGCAAGACGCACAUCAGGAAUUGUAGUGAAUGUUGGUUUCAAUCAGACCUCUAUUGUUCCAAUUUUACAUGGCAAAGUGAUGCAUAAGGUGGGUGUAGAAGUUGUGGGAAUGGGAGCACUGAAACUGACGGGAUUUCUUCGGGACCGGUUGCAACAGAACAAUAUACAAUUUGAUUCUCUUUAUACUGUCCGCACAUUGAAAGAGAACCUAUGCUAUGUCGCCCUUGACUACGAAGCUGAACUAUCGAAAGAUACAGAAGCUUCUUAUGCAGUCUCCUCGGACACUCAGUUUACGCUUUCAAAAGAACGGUUUCAAACUGGAGAGAUAUUGUUCCAGCCUCGCAUGGCAGGAAUGCAGGCGAUGGGGCUUCAUCAGGCCGUGGGACUUUGCAUGGAUCACUGCCAUGAUGCUGAACUAACCGGUGACAAUAACUGGUAUAAAACUGUAGUUUUGGCCGGGGGUACCGCAUGCUUGCAAGGAUUAGCAGGAAGACUUGAAAAGGAACUGUUUGGACUUCUACCAGUCUCAAUGUCUGGCGGAAUUCGAGUUAUUCCUCCACCUUAUGGAACAGAUUCUGCAUGGUUUGGGGCAAAGCUUGUAUGCAAUCUGAGCACUUUCCCCUCAUGGUGCAUGACCAAAAAGCAGUUUCGGCUCUUGUCCAAGCGCAAGCUCAUGUGGUGA